AACACUCUCAUUUGACAAACAUUCCACAAUUACAAUACAAAAUAAUCAAAAGAAGGGGAAGAACACAAAAAUAGAAAGGGCUGGAAGUUUUGGGUUCAUCGUCAUCAACUUGACCUGCAAGUGCCAUCUGACACAUGGAGGUCUGCACGUGAAUUCCACGUCUCAUGGUCGUCGUUUGUAUUCUAGGGAUGGGCUGUUCCGCCUCUAUCCGUCUUCAAUCCUUUUCCAGUCCCCCAAAUUCAAAACCCUCUAGAGAUGAUUCGGAAUUAUACAAUAUUAUAUUAUAUAUUGUAUGAACUGGGUAUUGGGCGUCGCGGAUCCCACUUGUGAUUUUAAUAUUCAAUAGUUUACAUUAAAUAUGUGGAGCUUGCUAUAGACAGCAAAUCCAAAUCCCAGUUUAUGCUCUUCUGGGGUUUGAUCAACUGUCUUCUUUAUCGAUUUCUGGAAACAGUAUAAUGCAUAUAUGUAUGUAUUUGGUGAGAAUGCUAUUAUUGGCAUGUGGGUAUUGGAAAAUGUUGUUUAAUAUUGAAGGGCAUAGGAUUCUGAGCAGACAGUGAGCAGUGAGUGGUGGUGGGUAUGGUCCAUCUUUUAGGCCAGUGAAAGUUGGAUCAAGGAGGCGGCGAUCGAGAAUUAUGGGGGCAAUGGAAUUAAGGCUUUCCCGUGGGCCAACUUGAGCUUUCUAUCUUCUUGCUGGUCACCCUGCUGCUUCAGCUUCAUUUGCACAAGAUUUGAUCUGAUUGUCACUCUGUUUCAGCCUCUGCAAUCUCCUCACAGCCCGGUUGACCAUGUCAUCAUCAAGAGCUACCCAGUCUUCAGGCAAUUCAGGCCGAUCGAAGCACAGUGCUAGAAUAAUAGCUCAGACCACUGUGGACGCAAAGAUCCAUGCAAAUUUUGAGGAGUCAGGUAGUUCGUUUGAUUACUCGAGUUCAGUGCGUGUCACCAGUGGAGGCAGCAGUGAUCAACAACCUAGAUCUGACAAACUCACGACUGCUUAUCUCCAUCAAAUACAGAAAGGCAAGCUGAUUCAACCAUUUGGGUGCUUGUUGGCCCUUGAUGAGAAAACUUUCAAAGUGAUUGCCUAUAGUGAGAAUGCUCCUGAAAUGCUGACAAUGGUCAGUCAUGCGGUUCCAAGUGUUGGAGACCACCCAGUUCUUGGCAUUGGCACUGAUGUGAGAACAAUCUUUACUGGGCCCACGGCAGCAGCUUUGCAAAAGGCUCUGGGUUUUGGGGAAGUUUCCCUUCUGAAUCCCAUUUUAGUCCAUUGUAAAACUUCUGGGAAGCCUUUUUAUGCAAUUCUCCACAGGGUAACCGGAAGCUUGAUCAUUGACUUUGAGCCCGUUAAGCCUUAUGAAGUCCCCAUGACUGCUGCUGGGGCCCUGCAGUCCUACAAGCUUGCAGCUAAAGCAAUUACUCGUCUGCAAUCUUUGCCCAGCGGGAGCAUCGACAGGCUAUGUGAUACUAUGGUUCAGGAGGUAUUUGAACUCACCGGUUAUGACAGGGUGAUGGCUUAUAAAUUUCAUGAUGAUGAUCAUGGGGAGGUUGUGUCUGAGUUAACAAAACCAGACCUCGAGCCUUAUUUGGGACUACAUUAUCCUGCGACAGAUAUCCCUCAGGCUGCACGCUUUUUGUUCAUGAAGAACAAAGUACGUAUGAUUUGUGAUUGUCGUGCGAAACAUGUUAAGGUGCUUCAAGAUGAUAAGCUUCCAUUUGAUCUAACCCUGUGUGGUUCAACCCUCAGGGCACCUCACAGUUGCCAUUUACAGUACAUGGAGAACAUGAAUUCCAUUGCAUCUCUUGUUAUGGCAGUUGUAGUCAAUGAGGGGGAUGAAGAGGGAGAGAAUUCUGAUCCUGCUCGGCCACAAAAGAGAAAAAGGCUUUGGGGUUUAGUGGUUUGCCAUAAUACAACUCCAAGGUUUGUUCCCUUCCCUCUUCGGUAUGCAUGUGAGUUUCUUGCUCAAGUGUUUGCUAUUCAUGUCAACAAGGAGUUAGAAUUGGAAAAUCAGAUUCUUGAGAAGAAUAUCCUGCGUACUCAGACACUCUUGUGUGACAUGCUGAUGCGAGAUGCCCCCCUAGGUAUUGUGUCACAGAGCCCAAACGUAAUGGACCUUGUGAAGUGUGACGGGGCUGCCCUGUUGUACAAAAAUAAGAUAUACAAGCUUGGUGCAACUCCAACUGAUCUCCAGCUGCGUGACAUAGUCUCCUGGCUGUCUGAAUACCACAUGGAUUCCACAGGGUUGAGUACAGAUAGCUUGUAUGAUGCUGGGUUCCCAGGGGCUCUUGCUCUUGGUCAUGUGGUCUGUGGGAUGGCAGCUGUGAGGAUAACUUCCAAUGAUACGCUUUUCUGGUUCAGGUCUCACACUGCUGCAGAAAUUCGAUGGGGUGGUGCAAAACAUGAACCAGGUGAGAAGGAUGAUGGUAGGAAGAUGCAUCCCAGAGCAUCUUUUAAAGCUUUCCUUCAAGUUGUUAAAUCAAGAAGUUUACCUUGGAAGGACUUUGAGAUGGAUGCAAUUCACUCCCUGCAGCUUAUCCUGAGGAAUGCUUUUAAAGAUACUGAAGCCGUGGACACAAACACCAAUGCUAUCAAUACGAGGCUCAAUGAUCUCAAAAUUGAAGGGAUGCAGGAACUGGAAGCAGUGACUAGUGAGAUGGUCCGUCUGAUCGAAACAGCUACUGUGCCCAUCUUGGCAGUUGAUGUAAAUGGGCUGAUUAAUGGGUGGAAUAUGAAAAUUUCGGAGUUAACUGGUCUUCCUGUUGACAAAGCAAUUGGGAGACAUUUGCUCUCACUUGUGGAAGAUUCUUCGGCUGAUGUAGUGAAGAAGAUGUUGCUCUCAGCAUUGCAGGGGAAAGAGGAGCAAAAUAUUCAAUUCGAGAUCAGAACGCAUGGAUCUAGGAGAGACUCUGGUCCCAUCCGCUUGGUCGUGAAUGCUUGUGCAAGCCGGGAUCUACAUGACAAUGUUGUGGGAGUCUGUUUUGUGGCCCAAGAUAUUACCGGCCAGAAGACUGUUAUGGACAAGUUCACCAGAAUCGAAGGUGAUUACAAGGCUAUUGUGCAGAAUCCAAACCCUUUGAUCCCUCCCAUAUUUGGCACAGAUGAAUUUGGCUGGUGUUGCGAGUGGAAUCCAGCCAUGGCAAAAAUAUCCGGGUGGGAUAGGGAAGAGGUUAUCGAUAAAAUGCUUUUGGGUGAGGUCUUUGGGACUCAUAUGGCAUGCUGUCGUCUCAAGAAUCAAGAGGCUUUCGUAAAUCUUGGUAUUGUGCUCAACAAUGCAACGACUGGCCAGGAAUCAGAAAAGAUUUCUUUUGGUUUUUUCACACGGACUGGGAAGUACGUAGACUGCCUCCUAUGUGUGAGCAAAAAAUUGGAUAGAGAAAGUGCGGUCACUGGGGUCUUUUGCUUCUUGCAGCUAGCAAGUCAUGAGUUGCAACAAGCACUUCAUGUUCAACGUUUGACAGAACAAACUGCAUUGAAGAGAUUAAAAGCAUUGGCUUAUAUUAGAAGACAAAUCAGGAAUCCGCUCUCUGGGAUUAUAUUUUCGCGGAAGAUGAUGGAAGGAACAGAUUUGGGAGAAGAACAGAAGCAGCUUCUGCAUACUAGUGCCCAGUGCCAACGUCAGUUGAAUAAAAUUCUUGAUGACACAGAUCUUGAUUGCAUUAUUGAUGGGUAUUUGGAUCUUGAAAUGGUCGAGUUUACUCUGCAUGAAGUUUUGGUUGCCUCCAUAAGUCAAGUGAUGUUGAAGUCCAGUGGAAAGGGUAUUCGAAUAGUUAAUCAUUUGCCUGAGGAGAUCAUGUCUGAAACCCUAUAUGGUGAUAGUCUAAGGCUGCAGCAGGUCCUGGCUGAUUUUCUGUUAAUAUCAGUAAAUUUUACACCAAAUGGUGGACAACUAGGUGUCACUGCUAGUUUGACCAAAGAUAGCUUGGGAGAAUCUGUUCAGCUUGCACAUUUGGAAUUCAGGAUAACACAUGCUGGAGGGGGUGUUCCAGAAGAAUUAUUGAGCCAGAUGUUUGGUGGUGAAGCUGAUGCAUCCGAGGAGGGCAUCAGCCUGCUCAUCAGCAGAAAACUGGUGAAGCUCAUGAAUGGAGAUGUUCGGUAUCUCAGGGAAGCAGGGAAGUCGACCUUUAUCAUGACUGUUGAGCUUGCUGCUGCCAAUAAGCAUCCUGUGUGAGCAUUCUCAGGGGAAUGUGGUUCACAAUCUGUUCUAACAGUCAAAGAGGACGAGCAAUUGUGCGUUUCGGUACCAUGCUUUACUGGAGUCAUUUUUUUCCUUCCUUCUUACUCAUUUACGUUGUUUUCUGUCGUCAAUUGUACAUAUAUGGAUUUGUUCCACGGUUUGAUGAACUUGGCAUCGACAACUUCCUUAUCACAUAUUUUCGAGUGACAUUUCCAUAGAUUUCACAUGCUGCACUCUUCCUUGUUUCAA